CGAACGUAUCAGUUCUCUUGGAGCAGCUAUACAUACAUAACGUUGACAAAGAACAACAAGAAAAAAAAAAGAAACAUUCGUUGUUCAUGCAUUAGUUUCAUUUGGGCAAUUUAAUAAUUAUUUUUUUUUUUGGUAUUUGACUUUUUCCAUCAUUGACAAAAUUGAAAUUAUUUGAGUGUUGUUACUAAAUCCAUCGAGUUCCAUAAAAUUCGCAUGAUGUCAAAGCCCAUUUUGUACUAUGCACAAUUCAGUCCCCCGUCUAGAGCUGUAAUACAAACUGCAAAAAUAAUUGACCUGGAUUUGGACUUGAGGGUGGUUGACUUUGCAAAAAAAGAACAUCUCAGCGAGACAUUUAUUACGAUUAAUCCACACCAUACCGUUCCGACUUUGAUAGACGAUGGUGAAGUGAUCUGGGAUAGUCAUGCAAUCAUGUCAUACCUAGUCUCAAAAUAUGCUAAAUCAGAUUCCCUCUAUCCGAAGGAUCUUCUAACACGAGCGAAAAUCGAUCAACGUUUUCAUUUUGAUACAGGGAUCAUAUUCGGCGCAAUGACAAGUUUUGUGAGAACUAUUUUAUAUGGUGGAAAAUCCGAAAUUCAACCAGAAUCUUUCGAGCUGACACACAAGGCAUAUGAUUUCACCGAAAAGCUUUUAAAGGACGAAUAUCUAGUUGGAAAUAAUUUAACUCUCGCAGAUAUAUGUUGCUGCAUUGAUUUGCUAACGUUAGAUAAAUUGGUGGCAAUCGAUAAACAUAAGUAUCCGAAGUUAGCUGCAUGGAUGGAAAGAGUGUCGUCCAUUCCGAAUUUCCAUGAUAUUAAUGAUGAAGGGGUGCAACAAUUACAGACUAGAUUUGAGAAUUGUUUAGCGGCUAAUAAAUUAAAUUCUUCUUAAUUUCACGUUGAGAAAAUGGUACACUCAAACCUCAAGCUGACACCGAAUUAAAAAAAUUAAAA